ACAAUGCGCAUUCAAAAGCGCUCAUUGGACGCCAGAUAGCCAUCCCAACAAUCAACGUAAAGUGUAGCGCACACGCGGCGCCGGAGACAGCCGCCCGGUAAGCGCGCUAUAUAACCCUGCAUCGCGUCUGGAGUCUACCAACGAUGGCGCCCUCUAUCGUAACCGAGUACCUCACCGACUGGCGUGUCUUGGCUGGAUCGUGCUCGCUCGCGCUUGUCCUCUACCAUCUUGUUCCGUAUGCGCUCGAUACCCAUCGUCUACGAGGGUACCCCGGCCCCUUCUUGGCCAAGUUCUCCGAUUUCUGGCUAGCACUGCUCUCCCGAGGAGGCCACCGCUCUGAGAAGGUGCACGAACUGCACGAGAAGUACGGCCCCUUCGUUCGCAUUGCCCCAAACCACCUCUCCAUCGCACACCCGGACGCGCUGCAAACGGUCUACGCGCACGGCAACGGCGCGCUCAAGUCAGACUUCUAUGACGCUUUUGUGGCCAUCCAUCGCGGUCUCUUCAACACCCGCGACCGCGCGGAGCAUACCCGCAAGCGGAAGAUCGUCUCCCACAUAUUCUCGCAGAAGAGCGUUAAUGAGUUCGAGCCCCACGUCCGAAUGUACGUCGAGCAGCUCAUGGGCCGCUGGGAUGCGAUGCACGACUUGGCGCUGAAGGGCGGAUCUGGCGACGAAGGUGAUGGUGGCUGGACUGGUCACGAUGGCCGCCUGUGGCUUGAUCUGCUGCCUUGGUCCAAUUAUCUUGCGUUCGACAUCAUCGGCGACCUCGCCUUUGGCGCGCCGUUCGGUAUGAUUCUGUCUGGUGCGGACGCCGCGCAGAUCCCGAAACGCCCCGAGGAAGCCCUGGGCAAGUACGGCGGGGACCACAGCGAGAUUGAAACCAUCGCCGUCCCCGCCGUCCGCACCAUCAACGGUCGCGGCGAGUACUCCAUGACCAUGGGCUGCAUCCCCCCGCGCUGGCGGCCCGCGGUCAAGCGCGUCCUCCCUGAGUUCCGGCGCGGCGCGGCGGACGUGCAGGCGCUCUCUGGCAUCGCCAUCAUGGCGGUCGCGAAGCGCCUCGCGACGCCGACGGACCGCAACGACCUGCUCAGCAAGCUCCAGGCGGCGAAGGACGAGAAGGGCCAGCCGCUCGGCGCCGCGGAGCUCACCGCGGAGGCGCUCACGCUGCUCAUCGCGGGCUCGGACACGACGUCGAACUCGACGUGCGCGAUCAUCUACUACCUCGCGCGGCACCCCGCGACGCAGGCGCGCCUGCAGCAGGAGCUGGACGAGGCGCUGGGGGCGGACGCGGCGGAGAAGGUGACGUUCUACGAGCAGGUGAAGAAGCUGCCCUAUCUGGACGCCGUCAUCAACGAGGCGCUCCGGCUACACUCGACCUCCGCGCUCGGCCUCCCGCGGAUCGUGCCCGCGGGCGGCAUGACCGUUAUGGGCCAGUUCUUCCCGGAGGGCACCGUUUUGAGCGUGCCGAGCUACACGCUUCACCGCGACGAAGACGUUUGGGGCGAGGAUGCGGAAGACUUCAGGCCUGAGCGCUGGUUUGAGCGCGACCAGGCGUUGAUGCAGCGCACUUUCAAUCCCUUCUCUAUUGGUCCGCGGGCGUGCGUGGGGAAGAACCUCGCGACGCUCGAGCUGCAGAUCAUCAUCUCCUCACUUCUUCGUCGCUAUCACUUCGUUCUCGAGAACCCCGAUAUGGAGCUCCCGACCCGUGAGGGCUUCCUUCGCAAGCCGCUGACUUGCAAGGUGGGCAUCAAGCGCCGGGAUGAUGUGCUUCUGUAGGGACGAGUUACCGACGAGCAUACUUAAGAUACCAAACCAAGCUGUCUAUGUGUAACUGUAUUCAUGAAUGCAAGUUCGAUGAUAUCCUGCACAACUGCAC